AUGCUCAAGGAAUUUGGAAGCGUACAGGGAGCUUUUGCCUUAUAUGCCAAUUUACUGAAGAAACAGAAUUCUGGGGGGGAGUUAUGCAGCUUCUGUCACAAUAACAGGCUGAUGUCACCACGCAACAAUGGAGUUUCCCGCAUUAGGGGAACCCCACACUGGCAUAAUACGGACACGUACGUUUUUAUCUUUCACUAUGGAUUACUUUUGAGGAGAGGCAGAACUCUUGUAAAGGAAAGCAGCCCAGACAGACACAGGCUUCGACAUUCUAGAAUCAGCACAGCAAGAUUGAGCACUAUGCCAAUCUGUCAACAAUGGGAGAAGGCAAGAACAUUCCUGUGA